UCCGACUUGAGCACGACUUCGAGCAACGAUGAUGUUGCUGCGGCGUGCACAGCGUACUUCGGUGGCUGGCCUGGGCCGCCGCACGUUCUCGGCACCGACACCAAAGCCAGCUCGUCUGUCGCAAGAAGUAGACAAGCAAUGGCAAGCCAUUUGGGACGCCAAGCAGGCCACACCACACGCAACUGACAAGCCCAAAUUCUACUGCUUGUCGAUGUUUCCAUACCCUUCUGGGCAACUACAUAUCGGACACGUCCGCGUGUAUACGAUCAGCGACUGCAUAUCUCGGUUCAAGCGCAUGCAAGGCUACGAUGUGUUGCACCCCAUGGGAUGGGACGCGUUUGGUUUGCCAGCAGAAAAUGCUGCUAUCGAGCGUGGCAUUUCUCCAGCUGACUGGACGUUAUCCAACAUUGCUCAAGCCAAGGCUCAAAUGCAAGCGCUCGGUAUCCGCUUUGACUGGAGCCAGGAAGUGACGACGUGCCAGCCGGACUACUACAAGUGGACACAAUGGCUCUUUCUCCAGUUUCUCGACAAAGGGCUUGCGUACCGAAAAGAGGCGUUAGUAAACUGGGACCCCAUCGACCAGACCGUCUUGGCUAACGAACAGGUGGACGCACAAGGCCGUUCGUGGCGUUCGGGUGCCGUGGUCGAGCAGCGCUCCCUUAGCCAGUGGUUCCUUGGCAUCACAACGUACGCCGACGCGUUGCUGGACGACAUCGACUCGUUGAAAGCGUGGCCAGAAGCUGUCAAGCGCAUGCAAAGCGCAUGGAUCGGUCGGUCUGUUGGCACCCAAGUCCAGUUCAAGACUGACGUGCUCGAUGUCCCGCUGACUGUGUUUACGACCCGAGUGGAAACUCUCUUCGGGGUCUCGUACAUUGCGCUCGCCCCCGAGCACGAAUCCAUACCCAACAUUCUCGAUCACGUUCCCGCCGCUCAACGCGCUGCUGUAGAAGCGUACGUGGCCCACGUCAAGGCUUUGACCAAGGAUGAGCGAAACAACGGCAGCACGACUGCCGGCGUGCCUCUCGGUCUCUCAGCCGUCCAUCCCUUGACUGGACAAGCCGUGCCUCUCUACUUGGCCGAGUACGUCCUCCCUGGUGUGGGGACAGGGGCUGUCAUGGGUGUUCCAGCCCACGACGACCGCGACGCAGUGUUUGCAUCCCAUCACAACCUUCCCAUUUCCGUCGUCCUGGCCGACGACGACACCCUUGUCGCGAGUGGAGAGUACUCUGGGCUGACGGCAUCGAUUGCCAACGACAAACUGACGGCGCAUUUGGCUUCGACAAACCAAGGGCGCCGCCACGUGCAGUUCCGUCUGCGCGACUGGCUUGUGUCCCGCCAGCGAUAUUGGGGCACCCCAGUUCCAGUCAUCCAUUGUCCGUCCUGCGGCCCCGUGGGGGUGCCACUCCAGGAUUUGCCGGUGGAAUUGCCAAGUUUGCUUGAUCCUUCCAUGGACCUCAAGGGCUCUGGUGGUUCCCCUCUCGCUCGUAUGGCGCACUGGAAAAAUUGCUCGUGUCCUUCGUGCGGCGGUCCGGCCGAGCGCGACACCGACACGCUUGACACGUUCGUCGACAGCUCGUGGUACUAUCUUCGAUAUGGCGACGCGACCAACAAGGCGGCCCCAUUCACGCCGACGAACGUGACGAAAUGGAUGUCGAACGGCGGCGUUGACAUGUACAUUGGCGGCAUCGAACAUGCAAUCUUGCACUUGCUCUACUCUCGGUUUGUGACCAAAUUCUUGGCCGAUCACCACGGCGUGCCGACGUCCGAGCCAUUCAAGCAGCUCCUGGCCCAAGGAAUGGUCCUGGGUCGCACGUACAAGAGUCCGUCGACACUGCGGUUCCUCAAGCCUGACGAGAUCGUGGUCGACAAGACGGACGGGAGUGUCCGCGAGGCCUCCACGAACGACGUGGUCGUGACGGCCUGGGAAAAGAUGUCCAAGUCCAAGUACAAUGGGGUGGACCCUCAAGACAUUUGCAAGCAGUACGGCGCAGACGUGGCGCGGCUAUUGGUGCUGUUCAAGGCGCCACCAUCGCAUGAGCUCGAGUGGGACGAAGCGGAUUUGUUGGGCCAGUCGCGAUGGCUCAUGCGCAUUUGGGGCCUCGUCCUUGACCACAACCAGGCGACUGUCGCUGGUGGAGAGGCUCCCUCAAACACUUUAGACAACGACCAAGUGGCAGCGCUCCGUGUUGCCCUCCACACAACCAUCAAGAAGGUCACGGAAGCGUUGCAUGAGACGCAGUCGUUCAAUGUCGCGAUCGCGGAACUCAUGAAGCUGUCGAACCGUCUCGGCAGCUUGACACAUCUCCAAGGUUCACAAGAUUUUGCCAAUGCCCUCGAAGCACUCGUCAUCAUGCUUGCCCCACUCGCCCCGCACAACGCGUCAGAGCUGUACGCGACGCUUUGCCACGUCGACCCGUCGGUGACAUCACCGGAUGUGCAUGACCAGCCGUGGCCCACGCACGAUGAGGCGGUUCUUGCGUCUGCCCAAGUUCAAGUCGUAGUGCAAGUACGAGGCAAGACAAGGGAGACUCUGCUCGUGCCCGCAGAUGCAGAUGCUGCCACGCUGGAGGCGCUCGCGCUUCAGCAACCCAACGUUGCCAAGCACAUGGACGGCAAACCGAUCCGCAAGGUGAUCUUUGUACCGUCCAAGAAACCUGGCCAGCACUCGCUCCUAAACUUUGUCAUCUAAGCGACAGGACAUCGCGGUAGAACCAUCGAUGAGUUGUCUUCGAAUGUCUUCAUGCGACGGGCUCACGAAGCAUGUCGGGAAGUUAGACGUAC